CCGAAGUUUUUAUUCAAAGAAAAAAAUUUGAAAAAUGCGUUCCGAAAUUUAUAUUCAAGGGUAAAAAUGGAAAUUGGGAAAAUGAUCAACCCCCUUCUCUCUUCCCCUUGUCUUCACGUGUGAACAAGACAUGGGCUUAUGGGUCAAAGCCCAAAAUCAACAAAACACACACAUUUGUUCUUUGUUUGUUAUUCCUUUUCUCUCUUUUUUCCUUUCUACAAUUGGUGUGUCCCACUUGGGGAGUGAACUCCACCCAACCCAACAACUAGUGACUAAAAAAAACAGAAUUAACUGAAUGACACACUCAACUAUAUGAGUGAAAGUGUACAUGUAAACGUACUUACUUUGUCAUAAAAACAUUAGCACUAUCUUUAUCUUCAUCACUCAUAAGUCAUAACAUCACAAACUUUACAAAGAUAAACUUACAAAUAGCACUUUUAGUAUUCUUAGUAUAAAAUUUCACACGGUUUGAAUCUUGGCCUUUAAGCAACUUCCUUUAUUUUCUUAUUUAUACCAUUGGAACUAAAGUUCCAUUCCCUCUUCUUCUUUUAAGUCUUAGGAAUUUUGUCUCUCUCUCACACACACACACACACACUCACUCUCUUGUGUGAGCUCCAACAAAUAGAACUUCGGUCCGGUACGGUUUGGCAGUUCUGUUUGGUUCGCGGUUUUGAAUGAACAGUCCUAAAUAGAAGGGUCAUAGAGAGAAAAUGGCAGUUACACAUGCAGACCUUGAACCAAGAACAAGUAAAACAAAUUUGAGUUGCAUAAGAGGAGCUUUUUUUGUUAUCACAAUUCUAUUAGGCUUAUUAUGUUUCAUCCUUUGUCUCAAAGCAGAAGCUACACGUUCUAAGUUGACAUGGAUCGAUGAAAAAGAAAAGGGAGAUAAAUCAGAAUGUGUUUACAAUGGGAAUGGGAAAGUGCCUUUGCUUUGUGCUGUUUCUGCCAUUGUUGGACUAGCAAUUGCCUUGGUUAUGGAGCAUGCUUACAUGUUGAUUGAAGUGAAUAAAUCAUCACCUUCAUUGCUUAACUUGGAUCCUGAUUCUCCUUUUGCCAAGUCCUUAACAUUGCCUGGUGUUUUCUACAUUACAACUUGGAUUUGUUUUGCGGUUGCGGAGAUUUUAUUGUUGGUAGGACUUAUUGUGGAAUCAGGCCAUUUAAAAAAUUGGUCUAAGCCAAGAACAGAUUGCUACACAAUGAAAGAAGGGUUGUUCUCAGCCGCUGGAGUGCUUUCUUUGACUACAAUUUUUUUAAUUGUUGGUUUAUACCUAACAACACUUCGUGCACAAAGAAUGUUAGAGGUAGAAAUUUAUAGAAGAGAAGUUCUAGAAGCUUCUACCUUAUAUGCUUCUACACCAAGAUCGCUGCAAAGGCAUAUCACAUCAGUUGCAAGAGAGAAUCCUACAACAAUAGAGAGUCAAAAUGAUCAACUACUAUUAUAUGUGUUUCCAACUCCUUUUAAUAAAAGUUAUACCUUUGUAUAAAUUUGUAGAUAAAUGGUUUGAUCUUUGGUUGGGUAAAAUGGAUCAAAAUUUCAAAGUACAUGGAGAAUGAAGUAUAUGACAAAAUUACAUUUACAAUUUUACA